CAGGUGGGGUGCUAUGGAAUAUGACGAGAAGCUCGCCCGGUUCCGGCAGGUCCACCUCAAUCCUUUCAACAAGCAGCUCGGGCCCUGGCAGCAUGAACAGGGGCCUGGCAAGGAGGCCCUGCAGGUCGCUUCUGAAGCACAACCCGCUUUCCACCUGUUGCAUCCCCUGGGGAAUGAACACUCCCCAGGUCAGGGAUGUGUGCCUGUCUUGUCACUGCUGUGUCCCAGGGCCCAGCGCACAGCAGGUGCUCACUUGGAGAACGCUUGGGGCGUGAACUCAGCGCCAAGAUCUGGAGGGUGAGAGAGGCCCUGCCCGAGCUGCCCCCGGGAGAGCCAGAGUUCCGCUGUCCUGAGCGCGUGAUGGAUCUAGGCCUGUCCGAGGACCACUUCGCCCGCCCUGUGGGCCUGUUCCUGGCCUCUGACAUCCAGCAGCUGCGGCAGGCCAUCCAGGAGUGCAAGCAGGUGAUCCUGGAGCUGCCGGAGCACUCGGAGAAGCAGAAGGACGCCGUGGUCAGGCUCAUCCACCUCCGGCUGAAGCUCCAGGAGCUGAAGGACCCUAGUGAGGAUGAGCCCAACAUCCGAGUCCUUCUCGAGCACCGAUUCUACAAGGAGAAGAGCAAGAGUGUGAAGCAAACCUGUGACAAGUGUCACACCGUCAUCUGGGGGCUCAUUCAGACCUGGUACACCUGCACAGGGUGUUAUUACCGCUGUCACAGCAAGUGUUUGAACCUCAUCUCCAAGCCCUGCGUGCGGUCCAAAGUCAGCCACCAGGCCGAGUAUGAGCUGAACAUCUGCCCCGAGGCAGGGCUGGACAGCCAGGAUUACCGCUGUGCUGAGUGCCGGGCACCCAUCUCUCUGCGGGGUGUGCCCAGCGAGGCCCGGCAGUGCGACUACACCGGCCAGUACUACUGCAGCCACUGCCACUGGAACGACCUGGCCGUCAUCCCAGCGCGUGUGGUGCACAACUGGGACUUCGAGCCGCGCAAGGUGUCCCGCGGCAGCAUGCGCUACCUGGCGCUGAUGGUGUCGAGGCCCGUGCUCCGGCUCCGGGAGAUCAACCCUCUGCUGUUCAACUAUGUGGAGGAGCUGGUGGAGAUCCGGAAGCUACGCCAGGAUAUCUUGCUCAUGAAGCCGUAUUUCAUCACCUGCAGGGAGGCCAUGGCGGCACGCCUGCUCCUGCAGCUCCAGCACCGGCAGCACUUCGUGGAGAGCGACGAGAUGUACUCCGUGCAGGACCUGCUGGACGCGCGCACGGGCCGCCUGGGCUGCUCGCUGGCGGACACCCACACGCUGUUCGCCAAGCACAUCAAGCUGGACUGCGAGCGGUGCCAGGCCAAGGGCUUUGUGUGUGAGCUCUGCAGAGAGGGUGACGUGCUCUUCCCCUUCGACAGCCACACGUCGGUGUGCGCCGACUGCUCCGCCGUCUUCCACAGGGACUGCUACUACGACAAUUCCACCACGUGCCCUAGGUGUGCCCGCCUUACCUUGCGGAAGCAGUCACUCUUCCAGGAGCCUGGUCCAGACGUGGACGCCUAGAGCAACGGAACCCCUCGUGGGCCUGUCUGGGGCCCGCCCUGCCAGUUGUUGCCGAAGUCAAGGUGUUUCUUGUGCUCUGGAGACCCUAGGCUACAGCCCCUGGACCUCUCCCCAGCACCUCGGGGACGAUGGUAAGCUCUGGGGGAUGACUGGCCUCGUGGGGCAUCACAAGGACCAUCACCCCCUAGCGCUUACCGGGACUUGGGGCAGCGACGCCUGGCUGUUUUCCGGCUGCUGUGUGGGCCAGGAUGUGCACCCCCUCCCCGAACUGCAGAGCUUUAAGGGGAGGGGAGUGGGGGAGGGACUCUUCUCAUCUCCCCUUGGCCAAGAGCCCCCCACGCCCUUGGGACCAAGGCUGCUGGGCCUGGGCCACCCUGGAAAUCCUGGAGGGCUUCCGGGGAGUGGCCGACAAGACUGAGGAUGCCAGCUGCACACACUCAGCCUUGGCCUGAGUUUUAUCUGCGGUGGAUGGUUUGGGUUCUACGUGGAGGCUCCCUCCCCCAGCCCCUUGUCUCUCUGGGGACCUCUGGUUGUCCCUGGCUGGGGCUGUUCAUAACUAUCUCCCAAGGGCCCUGCCCCUGCCUCCCACCAGGGUUCUCUCUCUGGGUCCUCCUCUGGCGGGCCAGUCCAAGGGUUACUGGCUUUUUCUACACAACGUGGAAGGAAGGGGCCACCUAGCUGUCACCGCUGGGUGGACUGGCCGCCGCUCCUGCCUUGGCCCAGCCCAGCUUACCCUGGUGUUCCAAGCUGGGGGGCUGGGGGUCCCACCCAGAGAGGCUGCCCUGCUUCCAGGUGUGGAGCAGGGACUGUGCCCCCGGGGGAGGUCAGGGUUAGGUGAGAGGGCUGGUGACAGUAGGCCUGGGACCCAGUGUGCCGAGGAGCUGCGUCCUGCCACCACGGUGCCUGCCUGCAGAGACCUCGGAGACUCCGACCAGGGGCCUUCUGUUUGGGGGCCUGAGGUCAGGCGCCAGAAAUCUUUGCUCCAGCAGAGGAAGCCCGGGAUGCAGGACUGACCCCCAGCUAUCCAGUGGGGGAGCUGCGUUUGCGGGGACCCUUGGGAGACCCUGCUGUCCAGGGGAAGGCCCGUGGGAGGAGGACGUCUCAGGACACGGCUGCGCGGUUCUGCCCUCCUCCCCGCCCUGGAGUGUGCUGACUAUUGACACACAGGUGGGCGGUGGGCAGGGGGUACAGCCACCGGGGCGUCCAUCACCUUUGGGAAGCCCGAGCAGAGGCUCGGCCAGCAGAAAGGAAAGGCCAGCCUAGUUAGCUGGUGGGCCGACGUGGGCGGUGGGUAAAGACAGCGCCACCCCCUCCUCACCCCUCUGCACCCCAGGGAAGCCCUGUCCGGUGGCUUUAGGCGAUCCCCUUCUUCUGUGCUGAGCACAGUGGGAGGCUGGCCCCCAUCGGGACCCCUUUCUUCUCGGGGUUGAGCGGGGGUUAAAGGCUAAAUGCCCUCUUCCUACACCCCAGAUCUGCACACGUCUCACCGCAGCAUCGCAUUUCUGUCAUAAGGAUAUUGGCUGUCCCCGAAUUUACCGUGUCAUCAGCACACUAUUCCAGUUACUAUCACUGUGUCCAUAAGAAACGUUAGUAGCUGCCAUUUGUUGGGCAAAGUUGGCUCUUUUUUUUUUUUUUUUUAAACUACCCCCAUUACCUCUGCCCCAUCUCCCCCUUCUGGAUGACAAAUUCUUUAAACGGAAUCAUGUGUGGGUCUUUCUGAGUCCAACUCGUGGUAGCAAGAACCCACCAAGGAACCAGUUAGCAUGGGCAGGCCCUCCCAGGAGAGCUGUGUAAUGGGCUGCAGCCCCUGUCUCACUAAAUCUGUGUUCUCCA